AUGGGGCGGGGCAGAGUGAUAGAGAAACAAAGAGAGCAAAUUAACCAGCAGGGCACGGACAGCGCGCACACUGGUGUGGAGGGUCAAGCUUCCUGCCCUCCUGAGUGGACUCAGUUUGGCUCUCGCUGUUUCCGUUUCAACAUCGGGCCAAAAACCUGGCCCGAUGCAGAGAGCUUCUGCCACACUGCUGGUGGGAAUCUGGCUUCCAUCCACUCAGAUGAAGAACAUAUAUUUAUCAGAAACUACAUUCACCAAGUGUCUGGAGCUUACAAACUUUCCUGGAUCGGAGGCACUGACUCAGUGAAGGAGGGUACGUGGAUGUGGACUGAUGGAUCCAAAUUCCACUACAAAAGCUUCUAUGUGGGGGAGCCUAACAACUGUUGUGGAGGGGAGAACUGUCUUGUAAUGAACUCGGGUGGAGAAAACUGGAACGACGCAGGUUGGACCUACCAGGCUUCUUUCGUAUCCAAGAACACAUUCUUCAAUGCGGGGCAGUCUGACAACGUCGGGGGGGAGAACUGUCUUGAGAUGAACUUUGAGGGUAAAUAA